CGCUUCCCCCCACCACCUCCCUCCGAUCCUUUAUAUAACUAACGCUCCUCUCACUUUGCUCCUCACAAUCCUUGUCAACCUUAUUCCCUCUCAUAUUCUUCCAUCACGAAAUGAGCACCACCGCUCAACUCUCCGAUUCCGAGCAGCGUGCCCUCGUCGAAAAGCUCCACGUCUUCAAGAUCAAAGGCCGCGACAAACGCGGCCGCACCAUCCUUCGCGUCAUCGGAAAAUUCUUUCCAGCUCGGAUUGUGAGCGUGGAUAAUCUGAGGAAGUAUCUGGAAGAGAAGAUAUUCCCGGAAUUGGAGAACAAGCCGUUCGCGGUGGUGUACGUCCACACCGGAGUUCAGAGGUCCGAGAAUUUCCCCGGAAUCUCGGCCCUCCGAUCAAUCUACGACGCGAUCCCGAUCAACGUCAAGCGGAAUCUCGAGGCCGUCUAUUUCCUUCACCCAGGUCUCCAGGCCCGGCUCUUCUUGGCCACCUUCGGCCGUUUCCUUUUCACCGGAGGGGUGUAUGGGAAGCUGAAGUACGUCAGCAGGCUCGAUUAUCUGUGGGAGCACGUGAGGAGGAGCGAGAUCGACGUCCCUGAUUUCGUUUAUGAUCACGAUGAGGACUUGGAGCACCGUCCGAUGAUGGACUAUGGAUUGGAGAGUGAUCACCCGAGGGUGUAUGAUGCACCCGCGGUGGAUUCCUCUGUGUCUAUGUACUCCAUGAGGUGCAUCUCGUAGUGGGCCUAUCGGGCCUUUAGUCUCAGACUUUUUACAUGGGCCGUUUAAUUUUGGGCAUUCCCGCUGUACACAGUAAUUUUGUGUUUCUCCUUGUACAAAUAACGUUGAAUCAUGGUUAAAAAAAAAAAGGGUAUAUUUGUAGUAUAAAAACUAAAUUUGGAAGUACGUUUUUUCCAUACCA